AUGGGAAACGCGCCAACUCGUAAUCCACGACACAAAAACCACCAACUACGAAAAGCACUACCAAAAACCAGUCCUUUUUUUCGAAGAAAACCAAACGAUGGUUUUUCGACAACACUGCCAAAUACUGACAAACCACGCUGGUUUCAGUUAAGACGUGUUGAAACACCAUCGAAUCAAUCGUUUCACAAUAUGACACAACCGAUUGGCGAAAUUAAGAAAUGGCGAAAUCCAACUAUAGCAUACGUACCAAAAGCUUAUCAGCCAUUACCACCUCUACCACUACGGACACCCCCAUUACCGCCAGCGGCAACAUCAGAACUACAGCCGCCGGGAUCAAUACUGGCUUCUCCAACUCUUCGAUCACCACUGUACCGCAAAAAGCUAUGGGCUGCGAAAAGUCGAUCACUCAAUAAUUUAGACAGUUUUAUAACCGAAAGACAAGUAACAGGAUUCGAAAUUGAUACAGAGUUGCCACCGGACGUGCAGCAUGAUGCCACUAAUUGUUUCGUCUUUUAUCUCUAG